AUGAACUCCCCUGGCAUCCGUCCCACUCGCGGCCGGCACCGCAAACGGAUAUCCGCCCUGCGCCUCUCGUCCGACUCCACAGUGACAACCCUACCGCCAUAUACCUCGCCGCCCUGGUCCAGGCAUGCGUCCCUGGACAUGUCGGACUCAGACAAGCCCCCAGAUUACCCAGACAGUGCCGAGGAGGCCGAUGCAGACACUGAUUCCGACGAGGACGAUCUUGUCUACGUACAGCCGCCUCUCCCCAACCUCACCUCCCCCCGGACCAACCGCGUCCGCCGCCCACACUCGCAGCUGCAAUCCGCGCGCGCGUACCCGCAGGCGCAGACGUACUCGAGCUCCUCGCAGACGCACUGGCGUCAGCACAGCACGGCCGGCAGCAGCGAUCCUUAUCUCGACUCGCUCCUCGCGCGCAGCGUGCACGCGCUCGAAAUGUCCAAUACGCUACUCCAGUCGUCCAUGUCCACACAGAGCAGCCUGUCUGCCGUGCUCCAGGACGACCCCAUGGCGGACCUCUCGCUCGAGGCGCGCGCGCAGAUGCUCUCGCGCCGCGUGAGCGCAAACCGCGGCGUGCACGAGGGGUGGGUGGACGACCUCGACGAGAUCUACCGGAGCGUCGAGGAUCUGGUGGACCUCCAGGAGAGGGACGAGGAGGACGAGGCGGAGCAGCUGUCCAAGGUGGAAGUGCAUUCCCUGAGCAAGAGCGCCCCCGCGUCUAGCUUCGGAGACAACUUCAGCAAGGGUCCACCCACUGUGGGCGCCGAGGAACGCGUGCAGGUCCGCAGAAGGCCUUCGUUGCGCAGACCGUCGCUGGAUAGUAUGGGCGGCUCCCAUCUUGAAUAUUCAAACCACGAUCGGAGUCAUUUCGUCGCACCGGCCCCGCGAGCUCUGACUAUCUAUGUCGACUCUACGGAUGACCCAGACUCCAUCAAGCUGCCGCCCACACUGGGCUUGCGGACCACCGUGCACCUUCCGCCUACCCCUUACCUUCACAAAUAA